AUGAAACCACGUUGUGGAACGACGCGCCGUCCAGGAUCAACAAGGUCAAGAACGGGCUGUCGUACUUGCCGAGCUCGACGCAUCAAGUGUGACGAAACCCCACAGUACUGCCGCAAUUACACAUCGACCGGUCGAAUAUGCGAUGGAUAUGAUUCUUAUUGGGAGAUAUCCGUUUCAAAUAGGAAAAAAAAGCCCCGCAAUCGUCAGCGAUACCCGUUGGUCGUCGCCAACCCGAUCGCAGACAUAGUGUCGUGGACCCCUACAUCCGACGAGCGCCGCUGCUUCACCUUUGUUCAAGCCCGAACCAUCCCUGAUGCACUCAGCUUGUUUGACUCCACGCUCUGGCAGCAGUCUCUGAUGCAGAUGCAGGUGGAGGCCGGGAGUGUGAUCGGCCGCACCCCGAUUUUUUGGUACUGUAUGGCAGUCGCCCAGUCGGCACGCUCGUUUGCCUGUCUGCGAAGACGCAACCCUCACGAUUCACAGGUUCGUGACGUGAUGCUACUUUGCUGCCUGCUGUUCACUGUGGUGGCCAUCAUCUGGCAAGAGUACGCCGCUGCACUGCAGCAUUUACGGGCUGGUCUAUGUAUACUCCGCGAGACCGAGCCGUCGUCGCAGCGUCUCACGGCAGGGAGAUGGAUCGCCGCAUUUCGACACCUUGACACGCAGUGUGCAAUGGACGGCUCGUUCCUGUGGUUCUGGGAUGAAGACGAAGCAGACACGAUCAUCCACCCGGUUGUUGAUCCGUGGUGGAAGCAACAACGGUCGGAUUGCCAGCUACUCGUGCCAAACGACGAUCCUCUUUACUCAGUUCGCCAGACCCUUGAGCCUCUCUUCAAUCGUCCUCACAAAUUCGUGCGGCGCUGCUGGCAUGUGUCGACGACCGACAUGCAAUCCGCCCUCACUGUGCUGUCAGCGGAGCGGCUCGCGAUCGCCGCGCAGUUGCAGCCUGCAAAGCAGCUCUUGCAGGAACUUCGUCGCCGCAACGACCUGAUAACAAAGUCUUGA